AUGGCUUCACCUCUUACUAUUUCCUCCUCAUCAGAACCUCAAAAGCUUCAUGCUUCUGAUGAUACUGUUACAACUAUCCAGGCCUUCAUUGAAUCAAACGGCAACGUUCCCAUCCCGACCACGUACUACUCUCUCACUGAACCUCAUCGUGAUGAUGUUGCAGGUGAUGACCUUGCUGCUUCCAUCCCCAUCCUCGAUUUCUCCCUCCUCACCUCCCCGGAUCCUCAAAUCCAUGCCGACGCAGUUCGACAGCUAGGUGAUGCAUGCAGAGAAUGGGGCUUCUUCAUGAUUACAAAUCAUGGGAUUUCAGAGAAACUGAUGGAGGGGGUGAUAAAAAAGUCUCUGGAAUUUCACGAUUUGCCUCUUGAGGAAAAGAUGGAAUUUUUCAAUAAAGAACUCAUCACACCCGUUAGAUUUGGUACCAGUUCCCUUCCUUAUGGAGAGAAGAGGGAGGUUGCAUUUGAAUACAAUAAAGGCAUAAGAAAUGUGGCGAGGACUUUGCUAGAAAGAAUAUCGAAGAGUUUAGGAUUACAAGCCAAGGUCAUUGUGGAGUACACAGGUUUUGAUUCAGGACAUGAGACAUGUCAAGUGAACUUGCACCCUCCAUGUCCUCAACCAGACCUUACUUUAGGGUUACUUCCUCACUUUGACAAUGACUUACCAACCUUCCUCAGUGAAAAUGGAAUCAAAGGCCUUCAACUUAAGCCCCAUCAUAAAUAG